AUGCGCGCACACGGCCCUCAACAAUCACUACGGUGCGCCGACUAUCGAGUGGGCUGGGUCUGCGCCUUAGCGCUCGAGCUCACAGCAGCAAAAGCCAUGUUAGACACGGGACAUGGCAGACCAUCUGACCUUGAAUUCGACGAUAACCAAUAUGAGUUUGGUCAGAUUGGUGGACAUAACGUUGUGUUGGCCGUCUUGCCCUCCGGUGGCUAUGGAGUCGCUCAGGCAGCCCUUGCCGCAAACAUGAUGAAACGUGCCUUUCCCGCCAUACAGUUCGCUUUGCUGGUGGGUAUCGGAGGUGGUGUGCCAAGCAGAACCAAUGAUAUUCGCUUAGGAGAUGUGGUGGUCAGCACUCCAGUUGCCGGGUAUCCUGGGGUGCUGCAGUACGAUCUCGGCAAGCGAGGACUGGACGAAGAUAUUACUACAACUGGAGUUCUUCGAAAACCAGCAUGGAAAGCCUUGGCAGCCAUUAACGUUAUGAGGGCAAGGUACAUGAUGAUCGAUAACGAUUUGUCGGGUGCCGUCAACGAAGCACUGGAGAAAUAUCCCAAAAUGUGGGAUGAUUUCUCCCACCCUGGUACGGUGAAUGAUGUCCUGUACCGUGCGGAUUACGACCAUGUGUCUGGAGAUGAUUGCUCCAAUUGCAGUAACAGCAUGGUGAUCAGCCGAAGGGCACGGAAAACGAACGAACCACGCAUUCACUACGGACUUAUUGGUUCGGGGAACCAGGUCAUCAGAAACGGGAAGUUUCGGGAGCGGCUUAGAGAAAAGCAUAACAUUCUGUGCUUCGAGAUGGAAGCAGCGGGUGCAUUGGAAGCAUUCGAGUGUCUUGUCAUUCGAGGCAUUUGCGACUACUCAGACUCCCAUAAGAAUGAUCUGUGGCAGGGAUAUGCAGCGCUUACUGCAGCUGCAUACACAAAAGACCUAUUGCUUCUGAUUGAGGGCCCGGUCUCCCCAGAUGCUAUGGCUUCACCCAGCCCUCCUGAGGUUGAGGUACCGGAAAAUAUCUGUCUGGGUGUUCCAGCACACGGGGGCAGCCCGGGGGUCAGAAAUUAUCCCCAGAACGUUUCCGUCCAUAAACCGCAGUUCAACCAACAACAACAACAACCACCACCAAUAACUUGCGAGCCUCCGCCAAGUUAUACACAGGCUGCACGUUCCUUUCAACCUGUACCUGCAUCGGUUGAGCUGCCUUGUCAACAACCGAAGAAGGUUGACUUUGAAAAGAAACGAGCGAAUCGAAACAGUUCUCCAAAACCGCCUGUUUCACGACCACCCCAGCAGCCAAUUGACCCUCGCCUCCGGAAAGACUACGGAAGAAGGCUGGUGGAAGCAGCUAAAGCAGGUAAUAUGCCAUUGGUGAAGAUAUUCAUUGAAAGGGGAGGUGAUCCAAACACCACAACCGAUGAUUGGGAAAUGACCGCGCUGCAUUACGCUGCCAGGAUGGGUCACAAUGGACUAACGCGACUGCUUCUCAAAGCAGGAGCCAAUCCCAAUGCCAGAGCUAGAUUCCGAAACGACACCCCGUUAUUUGAAGCGGCUGCCAGCGGUCAUAUAAAGGUCGUGCAAUACUUACUACUCCACGGAGCUGACUUCACGGUCCAUUGUCAGCGGGGUCAAACUGCAUUGCAUGCAGCUGCCGAGAAAGGGCACUUUGCGUGUGUCGAGCUUCUGGUACAGAGCAAGGCCAAUCCCGACAGCAUUGACGAGGAUGGACAUACUCCCCUGGACUUGGCGAAGAAGGAAGAUCGUUUGGAGAUAGUCAAGUAUCUACAGCGGAUAUAG